GAGAAACAUCAUCAUCAAGAGAUCUGCCCAGGGCUUGUGAGCAAGUGCAAUUCACGUCGAACAAUAUUGGAGAUGGCACACCUCAGAUUCUACUCCCUUGGAAUCCUUCUUCUUGUCAAGAGAUGCAGCUGAUUGUGACAGGAGGCUGUGCAAAAACAUCGAGUGACUACCAGUGGCGUACCUCAGAUAUACGUAUUAUAUCUGUGUCGCCUUAUGGCAUUAUCAAGGCAAAGAGGCCUGGCAUAGCAAAAGUGAUGGUGGUGUCGACUAUUGAGCCGCAAAAUUUUGAUGAG